GACGGCACGACACUCCUCCGCCGCCCGGUGGACAGCGACAGCUCGUCCGCUUUCGGGCAGCCGGCGGGAGUCCCCCGUUCCCUGCUCCUCCCCAUUCUUGGUGGCCCCAGGCAAAUGGCACCGACUCCUCCGCUCACUCACAGAUGGCAGCCGUACCUCCACAUCGCGGGCGGCUGGCAGCGAGUUCGUCCGUCCCCGGCAACUCACUCCAGCCCACCCUCCUUGAGUGUCCACGGCGGCAGACUACUUCGCCCUGCUUGAUGGCACCGCGGAUUCACCACAGCAGUGAGGGAUCUUCAUAACAGCAGUUUAUAUGUCAGCUAAGCUGUAGAUAAUUUUCCAUUGUUUUGGCACAAAAUGCACUACAUUACACUACACUACACUACAUUUUUCACUACAUUUACAUUUUUCAAAUUACAUGAAUUCUUUCCUCACUUAUAUUAUAUAACCACCUUUUGUAAAACUCUUUAUUCUAUGUUCAUGUAAUGUUUGUUGCUAUGGGUAACAGUGACUGGUGUAGGGAGGGUUAGCUUAAACCUGAGAGUAUAUAUGAACAAAUCUGAGCUGCUCUGAGUCCAUUUAGGAAGUUAAACUAGAUGGACAUGUACAGUACUAUAUAAAUAUAUGCUUCUUCUUCUUCUUUUUUUCUUUGGCUAAUUGCUGUUUAUCAAACUAUAAUCUGCAAAAUUAUUCUGUUUAUACUUUGGUUUUAUAGUUAACUGCCUUUUUACAGUUACAAAGGAAUAUAUUUCAGCAUCUGGAGCAGACAUGAUGACUGCUAAUGAAACUGAGACUAUGGAUGUGUUUCUCUGCUAUCCACUCCUGCCAAACUCCUGUCCGAAAUUGCAUCAUCUUACUGUUGUUAAAGUGGCAAUAUAUGUUUUCAUGGUGCUGAUGAUCCUCACAACAGUUUUUGGGAACCUGCUAAUCAUCAUCUCCAUCUCUCACUUCAAACAGCUUCAGUCUCCAACUCAACUGAUUGUUCAGUCGCUGGCAGCUUGCGAUUGUCUGCUGGGCUCUUUGGUCAUGCCGUACAGCAUGGUGCGAUCUGUUGAAGGCUGCUGGUAUCUGGGAGAUUUUAUGUGUAAAGUUCAUUCUAGUUUGGACAUGACCUUCUGUAUCGCCUCCUUACUGCAUCUCGGUUUAAUAUCUGUUGACAGGUACUGGGCCAUUUGUUACCCUCUGAGGUACAGAAUGAGGGUCACAAACAACACUGUGACUGUAUUUACAACCUUCAUAUGGCUUUUUUCUUUUGUGUACAGCUUUUAUGUUGUGUUUUCAGGUGUAAACACAAUUGGUUUGGAGUCAUUCAUCAUGCAGGUUUAUUGUGUGGGAAGUUGUGUUUUGUUCUUUAACAAACAAUGGGGUAUUAUAUGCCCAGUUCUCGUAUUCUUCCUUCCCGGGACGAUCAUGGGCUCUCUGUAUAUAAAAAUCUUCCAUGUUGCACGAAAACAUGCAAAGGUUAUGUCAGAAAGAGUGACUGGAGGGACGAAGAGCCAAAGCUCAGCUCACAGAGAGAGAAAAGCAGCUAAAACUCUGGCCAUUGUCGUGUGUGUUUUUUUGUUCUGCUGGCUGCCAUAUUUUACUGCUGCUGCUCUUGACCCUUUUUUCAAUUUUUUCACCCCAGCUGUUGUUUUUGAUGCUCUAAUUUGGUUUGCAUAUUUGAACUCCACUUGUAACCCCUUGAUCUAUGGAUUUUUCUACCCUUGUUUCCAGAGUGCAUUUAAGAUUCUCAUUUCCACUUAUAUCUGUGGCAACAAGGAUUGUAACACUUUAAUAUUUGAAUGAAACAGUAAACUCACAGUAAGUGUUUUUUUUUAUCAUGUAACUAUUUUAAAUGGUAUAGUUCAUUUUAUUUUUAUUUUUUAUUACUGGGGACAACAGAGUUAAUGACAAAAAUUAACCCCAUUAAGCCUGACAUAAG